UGCCAGUCGCCAGACUAUCAGACGUCUCUCUCUUUCCCAUCAACCCUGAAGGCGUCAUUCGUGACGUCAUCGACAAAACAUGGCGUCCUCUCGAAGAAGGCUAGCUAGUUUACGCUCCGGUCUGUGGACUAUUUUCUUUUUCUUUUCUUUGCUCUAUUCUCAUUUCAGGAGUGUUGUGGCGGAGGACGCGGACAACUGCGACAACUUGAGACUUGGACAAUAUUUGUGCAAAGAUCCCAAGAUAGACGAAAACACUCAGGAGCCGGAAAACUGCCGAGACGCCACAGCUUGGGUGGAAUGUCUCCCAGCUCCAAACGUCACUUGCCGACUAUCCAACGGGACAGAGUUCAGGUUCAGUGGGGAUGAGGUGGGCUUUAAUAAAACCAUUCCCUGCAGGAACGUGAGUGGAUACUCUUACAAGGUGGCGGUGGCGUUGUCUCUCUUCCUGGGCUGGCUGGGCGCCGACCGCUUCUACCUGGGAUACCCGGCACUUGGGCUGCUGAAGUUCUGCACGGUGGGGUUCUGCGGCAUCGGAACGCUGGUAGACUUCAUCUUGAUCACCAUGCAGAUCGUAGGUCCAUCGGACGGCUCCGACUACAUUGUCGACUAUUACGGCGCACGCCUGACCCGCCUGUCAAUCACCAACCAGACGUACAGGAAGCCGCACCUGUCUCUGUGAGGUCACGUAGACACGCCCACUCGCAGAGGGACACUUCCUGUUGUUUGUACUUAUAAAGGGUGAUGUCAUCACAACAUGCCAAGUGGCUGUGAGCAGGAUAGGACCAUCGUGAUCUAGUAAGUGCUAUGAUCUUCAUGAUUGUGAAACAUUUGUGUGUCCGACAUGUAUUUGCUUAAAAUAGGGCUGUCAAAUGAUUCUUUUUUUUAAAUAAGAUGAAUCACUUUUUGGAAUUUGGUUUAAUCAUGCUUUAACUCCCUUGCACAAUUCAAAUGUGCUUAAGAAAAGACCCAGAUAGUCUUGUCAGAAUGUAAUGUUUUGUCAUUUAUUUUUAACAAAACUUGGUAACUGUUUUGUCGAAGGUUAUUUCAGGCUGUAUUUUGGAGGGAAAUAUGCCGGCGAGCGCACCAGCUGGCGUCUCCUCACUCAUGUUUGUACUGACACAUGCAUUGACCCGAUAGCAAUUAAGGUCAAGGGGAUUGUACAGUCAAAAUAAAUGUAAGCUAUGUGUGUACAUGAACAAUGUUUUGUGAUUAAUCACCAGUUAACUCACUCAUUUUGACAGCCCUCCUUCAAAAUAUAUUAAAAAAAAAAAUCUUCCAUAAAAGGAAAAAGAUCAUUUUAGGGAGGAGCAUUUCUGACUUUGUUUGUAAAAAUGUCAUUUAAGUUAUUCAAGUGUAAAUAAAAGGUGUUACAAUAUUUUCCCUAUCCAUGUCGUUGAUUGGACACCAGGGGGCGCUAACACUUCGUGUUGCGCUAAUGACGAGAGAAUGAUGGAAUUUCAUUUGA